AUGGACGAAAAGGCUCAAAAUAUUCUUAUCAAAGAAAUUACAAAGAAAAUCGAAGAAUCCAUGUAUAAAACUAUCAAUUCUGCAAUCGAUCGUGCUGUAGAGAAAAUCAGAAAUGAAAUUAUUUCGAUUCUAAAGCCACAAUUAGAAGAAAUAAACCAGAAAGUUGAUUCAGCUAUCAAACGUGUCGACAUUGUUGAAAGAAGAAUAGAUGACGUAGUUGAGAAUAACAAAAGAAUCUGCAACUUACGUCUCAAUGAAUUCCCAUUUUACAACGAUGAAAAUCUGCAAAGUGUCAUGAAGAACCUAUCAUCAGCACUUGGUUAUGAAUCUCCACCAGAUCAUAAAAUCUACCGUUUGGGGAAAAAUAAGAAUUCAACAAUAAUAAUUAAAUUCGCAACUGAGUUUCACAAGAAUGAAUUCCAUGAAAGGUUUCUGAGAGUUCCUAAAUCCAUUACUGUAAAUGUACUCAAUGGUAAAAUAAACUCAAAUGAACGAUGCUAUUUAUCUCAAGAUCUCACUAAGAAACAAUAUGAGCUCAAUAAAUCAGCCAUCAGCCUCUUGAAGACGGGAAAAAUUCAUCGAGUCGCCAUUGUGAAUGGAAAUGUAGCAGUUAAAAUUUCACCUUCGGAACCUUAUCAACUAUUCGAGUCCAUAUCGCCAGCAAAUGAAGCCAAAAGCUUGAAAACCACGCAGACUAAAGGAGCUCCAAAGCAACCAGUGAACACUAGGAGCACAAAGAAAUUAAAUACAUUAUAA